ACUAAAAUUAAUCAAAUCAAAUUAAAAAAAAAGUAUUUGCAUAUUACAUUUUCCUUCUUUUGCAAUAUUGUUUAUUUUCAUUAAAAUAUUGGUUAACUAAUCUAAUUAUUACUUUACUGGAUCACAAUUUUUGCUUAAUAUCGUAGAAUAAAUAAUACAGAAUGGCUGACGAGGAAAUCAAUGGAGAUACAGAUGAUAUCCAAGUUGACAAGGAUAAGAAUCAAAAGAAAACUGCAAAGCACGACAGUGGAGUAGCAGACUUAGAGAAGGUCACAGAUUACGCGGAAGAGAAGGAAAUAUCGUCGCAGGAUAUAUCUGGCGCACUUUCACUAAUUGGCGACAGAAGAAACAAGGAAGCUGCAGAACGUCUGGAAAAGGAAAAGGAACUACAGAAAGUGUCAGUCAAAAAGGAUGAUAUUGAGCUCAUUGUUAAAGAAAUGGAGAUCUCCCGAACAUUAGCUGAAAGGACACUUCGAGAACACAGAGGCGAUGUGGUUGCGGCGCUUAUUACCCUCACAAAUUAAUGUUGUCAAUAAGAACAUUGCUAUUUCGUGAACACAUUUUU